AUUGCCUACAGUUUACGGUCAUGUUCAAGUUCGCAUUGGCCCUGACGCUUUGCCUGGCGGGCAGCCUUUCGCUGGCCCAGCACAAUCCCCAUUGGUGGGGCAAUCGCAACACCAUUGUCCACCUGUUCGAAUGGAAGUGGUCGGACAUCGCCGAGGAGUGUGAGAGUUUCCUGGGUCCCCGAGGAUUUGCCGGAGUGCAAGUGAGUCCCGUGAAUGAGAACAUCAUUUCGGCGGGUCGUCCCUGGUGGGAAAGGUACCAGCCCAUCUCCUACAAGCUGACCACUCGCUCGGGAAAUGAGGAGGAGUUCGGUGACAUGGUGCGUCGCUGCAACGAAGUGGGUGUUCGCAUCUACGUGGAUGUGCUAUUGAACCACAUGUCCGGCGAUUUCGAUGGCGUGGCCAUUGGCACAGCCGGCACAGAGGCGGAGCCCAGCAAGAAAUCCUUCCCGGGAGUUCCCUUCUCGGCCCAGGACUUCCACCCCAGCUGCGAGAUCACCGACUGGAACAAUCGCUUCCAGGUGCAGCAGUGCGAGCUGGUUGGCCUCAAGGAUCUGGACCAGAGCAGCGAUUGGGUUAGGAGCAAGCUCAUCGAGUUCCUCGAUCACCUCAUCGAACUGGGCGUGGCCGGAUUCCGAGUGGAUGCCGCCAAGCACAUGGCUUCGGAGGAUCUGGAGUACAUCUACCGCAGCCUGAGCGACCUGAACACCGAUCACGGAUUCCCCCACAACGCCCGUCCCUUCAUCUUCCAGGAGGUUAUCGACCAUGGCCACGAGACCGUGUCCCGUGAUGAGUACAAGGAUCUGGGUGCCGUCACCGAGUUCCGCUUCUCCGAGGAGAUCGGCAACGCCUUCCGUGGCAACAACGCCUUGAGGUGGCUGCAGAGCUGGGGCACCGGCUGGGGAUUCCUGCCCUCGGGUCAGGCCCUGACCUUUGUGGACAACCACGACAACCAGCGCGAUGCGGGAGCCGUGCUGAACUACAAGUCGCCCAGGCAGUACAAGAUGGCCACCGCCUUCCACUUGGCCUAUCCGUAUGGCAUCAGUCGCGUGAUGAGCUCCUUUGCCUUCGAUGAUCACGACACUCCGCCGCCGCAGGAUGCGCAGGAGAGGAUUAUCUCGCCGGAGUUCGAUGAGGACGGAGCCUGUGUGAAUGGCUGGAUUUGCGAGCAUCGCUGGCGCCAGAUCUACGCGAUGGUGGGCUUCAAGAAUGCCGUACGUGACACGGAGAUGGCCGAGUGGUGGGACAAUGGCGACAGCCAGAUCUCCUUCUGCCGCGGCAACAAGGGCUUCCUGGCGGUCAACAACAACCAGUACGACCUGUCCCAAGAGCUGAACACCUGCCUGCCCGCCGGCGAGUACUGCGAUGUGAUCUCCGGCAGCCUGAUCAAUGGCUCCUGCACCGGCAAAUCGGUGACGGUGAAGGACAAUGGCUACGGCUACAUCCACAUCGGAGCCGAUGACUUCGACGGCAUGAUGGCCCUCCAUGUGGAUGCCAAAGUUUAAGUAAUUUUAUUAAGGUAACACAGAAAUCUGGGCUUUAUUUGUUGUCUCAAAUUACAAUAAAAACGAACGCACAUAA